AGGCUGUUAAAGGUUCUACUGUCAAGAUUGCAGGACGUGAUGUAUUGGCCACUUGGAAAUUACUUGUUGCUCUCGGUGCUACCCCAAUUUUAUACGGAGCUUAUACUUUAAUAAUAUUAAUUAUUGCAUAUAAUUAUAGCUGGACAUUAAUAUUAAAUCUCGGAAUAUUAUCUCCAUUAGUCGUAUUUAUUAUGCUAUUUGUUAUUACUUAUGGAACAAUGAGAUUGGCUGAUACUGGACUUGACAUAUACAGGCGAGUCGCUUCGUCCUCUGUUCCUAUCACUUCUUCCUUGGUCCAAAUCAUCAAUUCAAAACCUACGACAAAUUAG